AUGCACAAAGCCACGACGCGCCUCGCACCUUGCCUACGGAGGUUCGUUCGCAGUUUCAGUUCAACAAGGCAAUGCGCCGCCGAUCACGUAAGAAUAGUCGAGGUUGGACCAAGAGAUGGGCUACAGAAUGAAAAGAAAGCGAUUCCACUAGAAACCAAGCUUGAGCUCAUUCGCAGACUCGCAGGUACAGGUAUCACUCACCUGGAGGCUGGGUCCUUUGUCCCGGCGAAAUGGGUUCCCCAGAUGGCGUCUACAUCAGAAAUUCUGGAGACUUUAAUCACAAAACCGCCUUCUGCGCCACACGGAAUCGCAUAUAAUUAUCUGGUCCCAAACAUCAGAGGUCUAGACAACCUCGUUAAGAUAUUCCAGGCAAACCAUGCCCAGAACCCGACCUCUGAGCCAACUCCUCCUCCUUCCCCUGGCCCAGGUGACUCCUCGGCCACCAAUGCUGAUCAAAUCUCUUCAGCAGCCAACUCCACCGAGAUAUCACUAUUUGCUGCGGCAACCGAGGCAUUCUCUCAAAAGAACACAAACUGCAGCAUUGCAGAGUCCUUGGAACGUUCCAAACCUAUAAUGGAACUGGCCAAGAAACACAAUAUUCGCGUCCGUGGCUAUGUCUCUGUAGCACUAGGUUGCCCAUACGAAGGACCAGAUACAGAUCCACACAAGGUCGCAGAAAUCACCGCCACGCUACUAGAAAUGGGUUGUGAUGAAGUCUCGGUCGCAGACACAACAGGAAUGGGCACAGCACCUCGAACUCGAAAGCUCCUUCAGACUCUAAAAGAGGCUGGAAUUCUUGAGGAAGAUCUUGCACUACAUUUUCAUGACACUUACGGCAUGGCUCUCGUCAACACCGUCGUUGGUCUUGAGCACGGCGUUCGCGUCUUUGAUAGUUCUGUGGGAGGCUUAGGUGGUUGCCCUUACAGCCCUGGGGCGACCGGCAAUGUGGCAACCGAAGAUCUAGUUCAUUUAUUCCACAGUCUUGGAUGCGAGACGGGCAUCGACAUGCCCAAGAUGGCUGAAAUCGGCAAGUGGAUCACAGCGGAACUUGGUCGUCCUAAUGACUCGAGGGCGGGGAAAGCUACUUUGGCCAGAUCGAAAAGUUUGUAG